AAUGGCCUCUAUCUAUUUAUAAAAGAAACUAAAUGAAAAAAUAUAAUUACAGUUUACCUUGUGAAAUAUCAAUUAUUAUAAACCAAUCAGGAUUAAAAAUCAUAGUCACAUUUUAAAUAUGAACAACUUGUGUUAUAACUGUUGAGUGUGAGUGUUGUUGUUGUUGAUGGAGGUGACUUAGUGAACAACAGGGAGGAACACCGUUAGUUUACUGUGUGUCAGAGGUUAAAUAUAAAGAAUGACCUCACUACUCCCAUCAGAACUAGCACGCCUUGUUUUAGGGUUCUUAGAGGAAAAUGACUGUCAAAAGACAGCAGAAAGUCUUCUUAAGGAAUUACCAGAAUUGGCAGAAUGCGCAAAACUACGGAGAAAGGGACGGAAGGUCAGCACACGUAUUGGAAACAAGAGUUUGGAAGAUAUGUUGGCUGAUUAUACUGAUACAAAAGAUCAUGUGUCAGAUUCCUUGAAGCUCUACCCGGCAUCAUUUAGCAGUGUUUGCAGUACUGGUGACCUUCAGCAGCAAGUUAAAGCAAUCACAUCUAUUGUAAUAGCAAAUAAGGAAAUUAUCAAACAGGGGAUGUCAUUAGGCGCAAUUGGUAGAUAUAAACAGAGAUCACGCUCGGAGCAACUACAAAAGGAGUUCCAAAAGUCGUCAUGCUUCAAUGCACCUCGUAUACCCAUGGUGGUGGAGAUACAUACCACACCAACAGAGUCUCUCCCUGGGUCCUCCCGGCCUGAACCAAUCCGUGUAGAAAUAUUGUCCAAUGCUCAAAACUCGGGCCAGCCACCUCUGUGUGAAGAUAGGCAAGAUCACUCUCCUAGCCAAGAUCAAUCCCAUGAAAAUGGUCAUUCCCACAGACAAGAUCAUUCCCAUUCUGCCACCAGUAGUCCUUUAGUCACCCCACCGCCAGUCUCUCACACCAACGUUGAUGAACCAAGAGGAGACUCUCUCGGUGGAGAUUCUUCUUCUAUGCCUUUAACCGGCCCAGAUUUUUAUUUCACACCUCAGAAAAGGAAAAGUGGCCAAGCCAAGAGAAGAAGUCACGGGUCAGACCACUUAGGCAAUAAAAUUAGCCCAUCUUUGGAUAAUGAAGCCAAUUUUGAGAAAUUACUUAAAAACUUGUUUGAAAACACAGCACUUCAUGAGAAGAUAGCAGAGAACAUUAAUCGGAGUCUGGGUUGCCAGAGUAAAACCAGUGGUGAUGGUGAAGACGCCUGUGCUGUCAUCGAUGGUGGUACUAGUUGUUAUAAAGAUGAUAACAAGAGAAGCAAAUUUGUAUGUAAUAACAGUGCCAAGGGAGUUGCUGAUGUUAUUGGUAGACAUAAAAGCUCAGGGGAUGAAUCCUCACUGAGUGGAGCUGGGGACAUGGCUGCCCUCAAGGAGUUUGAUCACAUUGUCACUGGUAUCAUCUCUGAAACUACAGCAGAUCCAGUUUUUGAGAGUUUUCUCGGUGAAGUAUUUGGGAGCUGCACACCUCCUGCAGCCCCGAUGAAAAGCAGUGGAACGUCCCAGUCAAGCCAAAGCUGUGUACCAGACACCUCCUUGCCACCUUCAAGACCUCUUUCUACACCUGUUCCACCACCUCCUACAUUGACAUCAACAGUGGCAUCCCAACAUAUCAUACCACUAUUUUCCUCUAACUCUCAAUCACUUAAUUUACCACCUGCCUCUGACACGAUCGACUCUUCAUCCUCAUCUCAUGUGUUACCUGCCUCAUAUGUUCAUCCGUCUCCGUGUGAUGCAGUUAGUGAUCCUUCAGUAUCAGAAACUGCAAGUCUAGGGUGUACUCAAUCGGUGCAGUCCCCAGUGGCUUCUUCUCCAUCCCGCCUUGCUUCAUUACAGCCUGUUAACAAUGCUUCACAUGUGCCUUCAAAGACUCCCUCAAAGAAAAAGCAAACGAAGAUGCAAACUAACGACUCGGUGGUUACGGUGGGUCGGGUAACGAGGAGUUCCGCCAAAAGUUUACAGUUGGCUGCCACUCAAGAUGGUACCAUAAACUCUAUUCAACAGAACACACUACCUGAAAACAAGAAUCCUGAAACCAGUGAGCAAGCAUGUGGCACCAGCACUACGGACACCAAAUCUGGCUCACCUGUUAUCACUGACACUCAAGAAUCUUUUACUUCAGAAAAUCUGGCAGCAAGUGUAUCUUUAUCAGAAAAGGUUAAAUCUAAAAAGAAAAAGAAAUCAAAGUCCAAAAAGAAGGAGGAUGAAAAAUAUCUUGGAGAACAGCUACUUCAAGAAUUUUUUGACUUUCAGUCCUCACGACCUGAUAAAGUUAGUGAAAGUGAAGGUGGUGGGAACACUAAUAAAACAGAUUCUACAAAAUGUGAUAAGAGAUUUAAUUCAAGUGGUACAGAAGUUCAAGCUUCUGGUACAGAAGGGGAACUAUACUCACUUGCCUCUGUCAACAAUAGUCCUAGAGGUGUGCCUUUUUGUGGGACUCCGAUGGAAGAUCCUGCACAUGCAGCUCAAGAACCCCAGGUGCAGUCUGCUGCUCCUACUAGUCACAGGGUCUUGACAGUUGAUGGGGAUUUGCAGACUGAAGCAGCAUCUGCAUCAGAGAUUAUAUCUAGUCCACUUUCUUCAACUAAUCCAAUUAAUAAUAGUAAUAAUUUUCUACCAAAUGCACUGGCAGGCGAAACCUCACAAAAGGGCACAGAAUCAAUUCAGGGAACCUUACCUGUACCACCAACUGAACCUUUGCAUGUUCAGCCAUAUAUUGAAAACUUGCAAAUUCUUGAACCUUCUGUAACUUAUGAAAAUAACAUGGGUCUUUUAACUAUAGUACCAGCAAGUACCAUUUCUGUAAAGAGUACUACGAUACCAGGGAUUGCCACAUCUGUGCGGACUGAAGCAGCAUCUGCAUCAGUGAUUAUAUGUAGUCCACUUUCUUCAACUAGUCCAACUAAGACUGGUAAUAAUUUUAUACCAAACACACUGGCAGGAGAAAUCUCACAAAAAGGCACAGAUUCACUUCAGGGAACCUUACCUAUACCUGAACCUUUGCAUGUUCAGCCAUGUAAUGAAAACUUGCAAAUUCUUGAACCUUCUAUAACUUAUGAAAAUAACAUGGGUCUUUUAAAUAUGGUACCAGCAAGUACCAUUCCUGUAAAGAGUACUACAAUACCAGGGAUUGCCACAUCUGUGUCACCUUGUAAGGCCCCCUCUGAUAUGGAACAGGAGGGAUAUACUCUAACUGAACUUACUCCACUAAGUACCUAUGAUGCCUCGUAUCAUGUUAAAGAAGGCACAGAUGUACUUUAUCUAGCACCCAUGCAGAAUGUAUCUUCAAGCAAUGCCAAUAUUAUGUUUGGUCCUACCUCAACAUCUUUGGUCUGCUCCGCUCCACAAAACCAAAUAUCAUAUAAUUGCUUAUCUGGAAUUACACCGGGUUCUGCUGACACUGUUAUACCUUGUUCUGGGCAAGUGGUACAAAAAGCACAGUUAGUGCAAGCGAUGCCACACCUAGGAACAAAUAAUACUGAAGAAACCACAACCAUUCUUCUUCCCCCAAUCAAGGAAAACGAGAGGCAAACUGGGAAUAUCAUAACAUUAACUACUGGAGUGGGAACUGCAGGAUGGCAAAGAACACCCGUACUCAUUGCUCCUAAGGAAGAUCCUUCCAACCUUCAGCCUGCAGCGACAGUUGUUGCCACUGCAGAAGGAGCUGUUACUUACACCCUAGCCAAUAAAGUGAGCUUUUCCAUGCCGAGCAUCAGUGACAACAAGAACUCUUUUGCGCCUGACAGAAAAUCAGAUGAAACAAACAAGGCAAAAAAAACGAAGGCUAAUAAGAAAUCUCAAGGAAGGGCGAUUGAUGUGACCAGGAUAAAAAAACGGGGAGUUGGGAGAACUGGAAAGCGAACAAAACGAAUGCAAAAAGAAAUGGAAGAAGCUGUAUUAAACAACGAUUUAAUUGCAACAGCCUUUUCCUUUGCCAUCAAUUCUGUAACCCCAAGCAAAGAUACUAAAUUGCCAAAUGGUAGUACAAAAUCAGAUCACUCGGCCUCAGUAAAUGUAUCACAAUCCACAGGUACUGAGUCAUCUCCUUCAAGACAGUCACUGAAAAAAUCUCUACCAGUUAUUGAGAAUGACAGUGAAGUGUUACCAAUACAUCAAGAAUCACAGGGUGAGAUAGCAACCCAGGGUGAGAUAGCAACCCAGGGUGAGAUAGCAACCCAGGGUGAGAUAGCAACCCAGGGUGAGAUAGCAACCCAGGGUGAGAAUGCAACCAGUGAACAAACAUCCUUGAAGAUCAGACAAGAGGAAGAUAAAGUUUUGAAUGCACAAGUGACAACAGCAAGCUCCACUGUAGAUAAUUCUAUCACUGAGAACCAGAAACAAAAGACAAAACAAAAUAUGCUUGCUUUACUAACUGGAGAUAAUGAUUGCCAGAAGUCAUCAUCCACUAAACUUAAUAUCGGCAGAUCUCCAAAGCUGAAAGCUCUUCUGCAGCUUUCUCAGAGUAUUUCUCCAUCAAAGAAAUUUGUUGCAAGAAGAAGGAUGAGUUCACAUGAGAGCCCCAGUAUUAGAAGUGUUCCCAAGAGAGGCAGCCAGAGUACUCCAAGCCACAAGAACAGUCAUAUUAGAGUGUUGGAUUUCAGCACACCACAGAAACAGAGAACACCUGGUCGGUCUCCACGAAAGGCAAUGGCAUGCUUAAAGUUUUCGCCGCCAGUCAAUAAACGAUCUACAAGGAAGAAGAAAAUAAAAUCACCAUUAACUAAUAUAUCCAGACCUUCAAGCUUUCACUCACCAAAAAAGAAAGCGAUGAAAAAGAUUUUAGAAGAAAUUGAAUCAGAGUUUAAGGAUGAUGAAGCUGAGGAAGAAGUGAACCAUGUUAAUAAACCUGUAAGGACUAAGAUGUCACCAAAAAACAAGUGUUUUUCUUUAUGUAGAUCAGAAGAAAAAAUAAUUAACUCAAAUUGCACCACUGAUGAUGAAAUAUUGAAAAAUAAUUCUCUCUGGUCUGUGAAUGACACACUACAUUUACUUGACCAACAGAAUGAUAGUCGAUUAGAUUAUGAGGAUGAGGAGAAUCUGAUCUUACGUAUCGAGGACGAUGAUAGCAUUUGUUCAAGUAUUGACACUCUUGCCACAGAGGCAGGCAGCAUAGAACUCUUUGAUUUGUCCAAAGAAACUAGCAGCCUUGGAGAUCUUACACAGAUCCAGUCUAAAGAAGUGAGCCAUGAACAGGAUGGUGACAUGCAAAAUUGGGGUUUAUUAGCUACAUCAACAAAUAUACGCUCGGAUAACAUUUGUUCAUCUCAAGUGUUUGAUCAAUCAUGUACGGCUAAAACAAAGCAACUGAAGACCCCUUGUAAAGCUGGUGAAUUGUCAUUAUCCAACUUUGGUACAGGAAUGCCCAUGACUCCAAUGUGCCUGGAGCCCACAACUCCAUUUAUUGCCAGCGAGCGUGGAUCUGUUCCUCAGCAAGAUGAGGACCUUAAUACACCAUUCCUUCCAGUGCCACCCCAAACACCAGCUGAUAAAUCUCCACAUAUCAAAGAUUAUCCUCACGGACCAUAUUCAAACAGUUCAGUCGGCACUUCAUACUACAUGCCGUCAGAACGCUCCAUAACGACCGACUCUGAAGGAUACUCCCCGUCUAGACUAGAAACUGUGUUGGAACAAUCAUUAAUAGAAGAGCUUAGUUCUAAUGUGAGCCUUGUAUCUAGCAACCCUGUAUGUAAGAAAGUUGAGUCUGGUGUUCACAAAAGUCCUGGUAGAAUGUCAAGGAAAGUGAUGGGGGAAGUAAUUGAGCAAGAGAUGGUAAAGUUGUUUACAGGGGAAGCCAAAAGUCAAGAUUCUAAUGUCCAGGUCAAAAAUUCUAAUAGAGUUAGUAAACAUUCAUCAAAAAAAGGUAAAUUUUCAGACAAAAGUGAGAUUAAGGUUACUGAUCCCACAGAGGGUAAGCAGGGAAAGCGAAAAAGAGUUCCCUCAAAGAAGUACCAAAAGCUUGUGGAGUUUGCAUGUUCAGAGGAUGAAGGUGACGAUAGGGUUGACGAAAGAAAAUCCAAGAUUCAAAGUGUGACUCGAAUACCUAAACCCAGAGAUGAUGUACCUGUGGUGAAAAAGAAGACUAAAAAACGAAAAGGGAAAGUUGGUGCUGCAAAGGAUGAUCUUUCUGCCUCCAGUAUUACAGAGACUACAAAAAUAGCUAAUAAUAAUAAGCAAAGUGUUCAGAAGGGAAGGAAAAGGAGUAGGAAAGUGACUGAUGAGGAAAAAAUUCUGCGGUCCUCACCAAAGGAGGUUACAGAAAAACGUGAUAAUUGUGGAGUAACGAGCAAAACUCAGCACCAGAGAAAAAGACGUAAAUAUGGGUUGAAGGCAGCUGAGAAGUCUGUAAAUAAAGGUGUGGAACAAAGUAAUGAUUCAAUGAAAGAACAGUUAAAUUUAUCCUCAGAAAACCCUAGAAAUGUCUGUGUUUUGAGUGUAGAUAAUGGUAAUGAACAAAGUGAUGCACAUCGAAAAACAAAACUCCAAGAGUCUGAUUCAGCUUCCAUUUGUAAUUUACAUAUUGUAUCUUCAGUAUCCCCUGUGUGUAGUGACUCUGAUUCAGAGUUAAGAAGUACAUCGAGAGGCAAAAUACAAGAUGUUAAUGAUUCUUCUUUGAAUGAGAGAGUAAAGAAUACCAUUUCCGAGACAUACAGUACAAAUUCUUUAGACAAAGUUUGUGAAAAAGAUACCGGUACUUCUUUUUCCUCAAAGACGACAUGUUUCUCUGAUAUUUUUGGCUCUGAUGUCAGCUUUACAGAUGAAUCAGACUCUGGAACUCAGAGAAACAAAAGAACAGAAGCCACAGUAGUAAGUGAUAAUGAUAUAUUGGAAGAGAACAUGAUAGAGGAACACAAGAGAAAAGAUCACAGUAACAAGAGGAGUCGAGGGUCCAGAAGACGACAACAGCCAUCAAGGUAUGAGAGUGAACCCUUCAAAACCUCUCUUGGUGUGUCAAGAAAAAUGUCAUUUGGAGCUCAGACAAGCAAGGUCAAAAGAGGUGGUCAAGCAUCCCAAAAACAGACAUCAACCAGAGGUAGAGGGAAAGCUCGUGAAACUAUAGAUAUAACGGAAGUAGUGGUGGAGGCCAUAUUGGUUAAUGUUAACACUCUCCCCAAAGCAGUACAACAAGGAGUUGCAGUUGAUAACAAAGUAAUUGGUGAAAUGCACAAAUCUAAAGCUUUGAAAAAAAGUAAACAGAGGUUAAGAUCUACCACCAUUGAGAACACCAGAGCUGAAACUAGUAGCUUUGCAAAUGAUGCUCCUCAUUCUUCAGACAUAGGAAAUGAUUCAAAAUUAUUGCAUGUUGCUGAAGUUCAUGUGUCUUCAGAAAUUGUUGAAAAGGUGCCAGAAGUAUCUGAGAAAGACAAUGAACAUUUUGAAGACGGCUCUCUCAAAGAAUCUGCAAGUCCCCAGACCAAAGAGUGCACGACUCCAUUUACCUGUUGGGGGGUGGGUUUGAAAAAUAAUAUUUCCAAAGUAAAAAGCUCUUUGACAUCUGAUGACCUCAAAGCUCGCUGGUCAAAUAGCAUGGCAUUUCAUUUGUCUCAUUCUGACGUCAACAUUACUGAUACCGAAGACGAGAGUCCUGGAAAUGUUUUGCGUCAGAACACACCUGAGCAUUUAACUGUCCGACCAGAGUUUAUCAAAGACAGCAAGUUGUGGACGUGCGAAUCUUCUGGAUGUGCUCGAACAAUUACUUUUAUGAAGAGUACGUCUGAAGAAGGUUGUUGCCAUCACCGCUUCGACGCCAAAGAUCUUGGCGAGAUACAAAAUGUUACACCAAAACGUUCAAAAAAUGGAAAGGCUGUUAGUACUACACCACACACUGGAGAAUUACCCCCUGACCUUGAGAGCAUCCAGUCUUCAGUUGCAGUGAAAAACUCAAUGUCCUCCAAGAAUCAAGUUCCUUUAACUGCAAGCCAGUUGACCUCCCAAGAUGAUUUGAUUAAGAAGAUUGUUUCAACUACAAGUAUAUAUCAAUCUCCUGGAAAUGUCCAAGAUGUUAGGGAGACAACUGUCUUGGAUAAAGAGAACAUAGAUGAAGCAGACACUGACUUAUGUGAUAGAGUCAGUAACUUUGAAAGUGAAACAAUAACUCUUUGUGCCAAGGACAAUCGUGGCAUUGCAUUAGUGUCUGCAGCUUCCAUAUCAUCAAUAUUAAAUGACAAAAAUCUCUCAGUAAUUGAAAAAAAAAUUGAAUCUGCAGACUCAGGUUUCAUAAAUACCAGUAGUUAUGAUGAACAUUCAGGUACAUGUAAAAAGUCAGCAGUUGAACAGACUAACAAAGUAAAUGAUUUACCCUUCAGUAAGUCAUCUUCAGAAGGCGGUAACAUUGAUUACUUAUCACCCAGGUCAGUCGAGAGUACUGGUGAUCUUUGGGAAGCUUCAGAGAAGAAUUGCUUGAUAACAUAUAAGCCUCUUCCUCUAACGCCAGAGAAGAAAAUGGGCCAAAUUUGCCAUUCUAUAGUUAGAAAAAAGAAGGCCUUGGUUGCUAUUCCAUCAUUCACAAACAUGUCCCCAACAAAACAAACUUGCACUUCAUCACCUGAACCUAAGAACUGUGAGGAUUUAUUAACAACAAAUAUUGAAAGAGUUGAGAGUAAUAUUAGUUUGAAUACUACACGAACAUCAAGGAAAAAUAAUUCUCUGCAAACAGAAAAUAAACACUCUGAAAAAUCACGUUCGACAGAUGAUGCAGAAGUUAGGAACUUGCCCAAAGAUAUUAAUGAAACAGGUGCUUCACAUGUGCCAGAAAAAACUUAUUCCACUGAAAAUCUGGAGAAAAACAGUCCUCCAGCUUUCACGGCAGGUGAAUGUAAUGUAAAUACAACUGAAGUUUCUGAAAAAGUGAUAGAAUUCUGUAACACUGAGAACAAAAAUUCUGAAUUUGAAGGUACUAGUGGAGAACAUCAAACUAUUGUUGGGAGUAAAGCACUGCAAGAGAGCGGCAAUGGAACUUUGCAAGAAAGUGGCAAUAGAACAUCGCAAGAAAGUGGCAAUAAAAUAUUGCAGAGCAGCGAGUCACUUAGUGUGUGUGAGUGGAGGGAACACGGUCAUGAACAAAACCCUGUACAAUGUAGCCAUCAUGAAGACAAUGAAAAUUUAAAGCUGACACUGAAAGCCCAAAAACACAUAGAUGAUGAUAAUGGGGGUGUAAAAGAUGUAGAACCCAGAAAAGAUGAAUACUUUGACAGUUGUAGCCAUUCAUACGACUUAGUUCCCCAUUGUGUGAAAGAACCCAGAAACACAAAUACAGGAGAAGUGGGUAUUGAUGCCCAAAAACUAACUAGUGAAGAAAAAUCUGUUAAUUUGGGGGAGUACAGUGGAGAAGAAGCUUUUAUAAAACCCAGUGAAGAGGUUAUUGAAACCAAAUUAGGAGAGGAAGAGGAAGAUAGUGAUGUUUUAAGGAUAGAAGUGCCAUCGGAGAAUGAAAAUGACAGUAAUGACUGGACAGACAUACUGACUCUCAGGCUGACACCUUUCAUUGACUUGCUUACCUUGAACUUAGAAGCCAAGAAACCGAGCGGUAAGAGGACAACAACACCUACAAAACCUCGUCAAAGAAGAAAACCUUUAAAAGACACUGUACCGAGAUGUAAAGAAGAUAAAGGUUCGAGGAAAGGCAAGGCAAGACAAGCACCAAAAUAUCAAACGGAAGCAAAUAACUUAAAUAAAAAGUCAAGCCAGAAGAUGAAUAAUGCAGAUGGAAUUAAGAGAAGUAUAUCACAGAUGGAAUGUAGAACUCCUUUAGAAAACCCAGAAAAGAUGGUGUUAAUGCAUGAAGAUUUGAGCAGGACUGGCAAUCUUGUUAAUGUAGAGCAAAUUAAUGUAUCAAGUACUAAUGAUGUAACCCAACUGAGCUCUCGGAAGAGAGUUAGGGAAGAUGAUUCCUCUAAAGGCCUGACAGGAGUAAUAAUGGAAGAAGAAUGUAGCCAAGGCCCACAGAAGACGAGGCGCAGGAUUCAGCCAAUUAGAAUCGGAGAGGUUGAAAAAUAUGCCAAGCAAGCCGGGGAACUGUCAAGCAAGAGCAAAGCCAAGAGAGGAAAAUUUGGGGAGCAAAAGGGAGAUGGGACAACAAGCAGAAAAGAAAAAAACUCUCUGCUGGUGGAUGAGCUUGAAGGCAGUGUUCAUAACUUGCUUGAGAAGGUGACUGGGUCUGAAGGUGAUUCAUUGAGGCGAGAGGUGUUGCUGUGCACAGCUGCAGGAAGCGUCAGUGAACGUAGUGCCAGCUCAUUGUCAAGUGCCAGUCCUGGACGUCUCCAGAUCUCCGAGUCUCCUAGAUGGUGUGACUCUUCCCCAACCCCGCACUGUGACCCGUCUCUGGUCUACUUGCCCCAGGGUUAUACCUCUAAUGGGUCACCUUUCGCCAGACCCCAGUAUUCCGUACCCGGCAUUCUUAAUUGCUCUUCAGUACCCAAGGUCACUCCAGUGGCUGUCAGUACUCCUCAGAUGGCACAAGAGCUUCACAACAAGGAGACAGGAAAUAGCUUGGAUAAAAUACAAGGAACUGAGGGUGGGUGUGAACUGUCAAGAAGAGGACCCGGUAGUUACUUGAUUGAAUCAGAACCUUCGAGGGAACUUGAAGAGGAAUUUGGCUGUGGAAGACAGAGACAAGCAAGACAGAUGGCCAAUGUGUUGUUCAGUGGAGGAAGCUUAGAAAUUGCACACAGUCCUGAGAAGCAGCUGGCAAUAAUGGCAAACUACCGGCAUCAACUGGAUGUACACAGUUUGCACAUAAGUGAAGAUAGUGUAAACAGUACAAACAGCAUGUGUUCAAUACCACCCACCCCUGGGAAACACCUCUAUGUUCCUCCAGCCCCAGCCAUAACCUCAGCCAGCGGUGUCAACUCUACUGAUGCUUCCAUGCAAAUGCCGGCUGCGCUCCCUUUUAAGAAGCGCAAGAAGAUUGUAUAUGUACCCAAAACAGUAAAAAGCAAAAAAGCCAAGAAAUUACCCAUAAAGAUAGAUAUUAAUAAGUUCCUGGACAAGCUUCACCAGAAACAGCAGCUAAAGGAAGCCCUGGGAAAUAAUAGCUCAACGUCAGCAAGACCCCCAGUGUCAGUAGAGAUUAACAGUGUCCACAUGAACCCCAGUGGUAAUGAAAAUCAACAACAAACAGAAGAAAAGGAGUGAAAAUCAAUAUUGACAAGAACCCUAAUGACAGCACUGACCACAAGAACUCCAGUGACAGUCAAGACCACAACACAAAUCUCGGUGACAGUAGAGGUCAGUAGUGGAGCGGCCACAAGAACCUCAGGUACUGUACAUUGAAGAUCAUCACCAAGAACCCUAGGUACACUUAAGGUCCACAAACUAUUUCACUUCUAUACUCAUAAUUAUCUUCCUGAUACAUUGAGUUUAUUACUAGGUGACCAGAAUGAAGAACAACAUGACCUGUUGUAGCUGUGCUCUGCUCUGGUGUUCCCUCUUCACAACAGUGACCCCAAACAUCAUACGGUUUAUCUCUGUCACCUCAUAUAGCUCAGGGUUGCUACUCAACAGUCCAUCUGUUAAAGACAUUUAUAUUUUAUUGAAGUUGUGGUAGAUGAAGUGUCUGAUUAAUUCAUUCUGGUUUCAAAAAUCUAAAUACUGUAUUAGACAGUAAGUUUAGAUGAACAAAAUUUACGAAUUGGGGAAGAAAUCUUUCAAUAAGAGCUUCAAUUAAUAUAUAAUAUACAAUAUACCUUCUGCUUGUGUUUCUUAGUCAAGUGUCUGGUAUAUCUUUUGGGAGCUGAUGAAUCUUCUCAAGUACAGUACAGUAUAUACAAUAUUUGAAAACUCACACUUGUUUAUGAGGUAUAAAGAAAUUUGUGACACACUAGUUGUCCUUGUGGUAGUGAAGACUGAAAGUGAUGUCAAUUGCUUUUUAAGAGUCGGUAUUAAGAGUUUUUAUCACUAGUGUAAUUAAUUCCCAUAAUGAUUUUAAUUUAGUCAGUUAUGCCAGGGAUGGAAUUGUAUAAUAGAUAUCAGGUUUAGAAUUUUACUGUGGUCAUGGCUGUUGUUGCCUUUUGGUUAACUGUGAUUCCCCAUACAAGAGCCCUUCUUCUUGGUCACUGUACUGUGUUCCUCAUGUCUUGAGUGCAGUUCCCUUCUCAUUAAUUAUCAGUUGGAUACCUGGGUGAAACUCAAUUGAUAAUGGGGAUUCUCAUGGAAUUUUCUAUAUUUUAAUGGAAGUUUAAUGAUAAUCUCCAAAUGAAAUAUUUCUUAUGGAGUAUUGUCUGGGUUUUGACGCAGCAGAGCUUGUAACAGUAGAAGAUGAACUGAUACAUUUAUGGAGCUUGUAUUUUUGUAAGUUAUGUAUUGAAACCAGUGUACAGUAGUUUAAGUGCUGUAACUGAAGGACAGAUUUGGUGUGUUCUGGGGAAACUCUCGAUAGGGACAGGACCUGUGUUCUGUUUUUAUGUUGCACAGUUCCUCCAUGUAAACAUAUCCUGGCACCUGUUUCUGAAUAUCUGUGUAAUUAGUUCAGUUUAUUUUCUGGAAGCUCUGUAGAUGAAUUUAUGAAAAUACAGUACAGUCUCUCUUCGACUUACGGCGGGGUUCCAUCCCAACGACCAGGUCGUAAGUCGAAAAGGAGAAAA